AUGGCUUCCUUCCUCACGGAUCUGUGGUCCAGCAUCUUCACCCCGGGCACCACACCGGCGCUCCUCCUCGCGACGAAUGCCACUUUCGCCGCCCUACAGGUCCUGCUGCUCGCGCUACUGUAUGCCACCCAUAGUAUCCACUUCAUCGUCCUCUCGGGACUAUGCGCCGCUCUGUGGUGGUCGAUUAACUGGUUUGCUGCCGAGCUCGAGGCCGUCAAGAGGAAGGAAGCGCUGCAGAGGAACAAAGGAACCGCGUCGCCUGCUGGUGUCCAUGCCGAUGCUGCCGCCGCUAACACGCCGGCCAGACAACAUAUGACGAUGCGACCUCCGGGCGCUAUCAUCGAUACUACCUCCGACAGUGACACCGAGACGGAGCUUCUAGCGAACGAGAAGGAUGCCACCUUGUCCACCGCUGCCACCACCACCACCCCUGGCGCCACCUCGCUGUUUGCCAGCAGCGUGCCUGCGUCUCGGAAAGCGCCCGCGCCGCUGGUCAAGCGAGACUCCACGCCGUCUGCACCGAACCAGCUGCCGGGCUCGACAGCCGCUGCCAGCAGCAACAACAGCAGCAGCGAGGCCAAGGUGCGCCAGCGGCACGCCCCGCACCAGGAUAGCAGCUCGGGCUACGCCAGUACGGCCAGUACGGACAGCGAGUGGGAGAAAGUGGAAGGAGGAGCUCAUUGA